AUGAUGUCCUGCAAGUCCAUCCUCAUGUCCCUUGUGGUCCUGGCAGCCCUGUAUAAUCUCGCUGCCGCCCAGUUCGGCCACGGAGGCUACGGCCGCGGCUACGGAGGCUACGGAGGCUACGGAGGCUACGGAGGCUACGGACGCUACGGAGGCUACGGAAGCUAUGGAGGAUACGGCCGUGGAUACGGAGGCUACGGAGGCUAUGGCCCCGUAUUUGGCGGGUACGGAGGUUAUGGCCGUGGAUCCGGCGGCUACGGAGGCUACGGCCGUGGAUUCGGAGGCUACGGAGGUUAUGGCCGUGGAUACGGAGCCUCCAAUCGUGUUUUCUUUGGUUGA